ACAGCCGCUCCCUGUCCCUUUGUGAUGUCACCUGCACCCAGCAUGCUCCCUCCCGGCACCUAUAAAUCGGGACCGACAGGAGAUGUGGAGCUUCUGUACGUCCGUCUGACUCGGAGCUUUUCCCACUGACCGGAACCCUUUCGCAGUGGAUCACUUUCUCCAUAGGCGUCAACAGCCCAGCGCUGCCAUCGCAUUCCUCGUCUUCUACUUUAUCACUUUUGUCUUGAUGCUCUUGACCUACAUCCGGCUGUUCCUGGUUAUUCAGCAAAAUCCUGGCGUUGUCCCCCUCGGGCAGCGAGCGAUAUGGCGGUUAGAGAAGGAGGAAAAAGAGAAGCCAAGUUGGCGACGACACAAGCAUAAACAGACCGACGAUAUAGAGGCCACCGCCUAUAGCAAUGUCGGACCAGACGAGGACCCUGAUAGCCCUGGGCUGGAGUCCUUUUACAGCAAAGACGUUUUCAUCUGCGAAUCAGACGGAAAGCCGCGAUGGUGUCACAGUUGUUGCACCUGGAAGCCAGACAGGGCGCAUCACUGCAGUGAAAUCGAUCGAUGCGUCAAGAAAAUGGACCACUAUUGCCCGUGGGUUGGGGGGAUUGUGGGUGAAACCUCGUUUAAAUAUUUCAUCCAGUUUACAUUUUACGCAUCGCUUUGCGCUAUAGUAAUUAUCACUGCUUGCGCUCUCUGCACGAGACAGCGACUCCAUACCGGUCACGGCCUCGAUGGCUUUGUGAUCGCCGUGUUGGCUUUAUCCGGCCUCCUGGGUUUUUUCACCGUAACCAUGUUCAUCACAUCCGCGCGGUAUGUGCUGUUGAACAUGACCAACAUCGACUACCUCAAGUCCAAAAACUUUGUACACAAUCUCGCCAUUCGGGUACCCAGGGGUACUCAAUCCUGUGAAAAGUACAAGGUCAUCACAUAUCCGAUAUCGAAACCGGGCGACUCGAGCCCGCAGUUAUCUGGGGACGCUGGUGCAAGGGGUGUGGCCAGUGAGAGGGAUAUGCUCGCAACGCGCACCUUUGCCGUCGUCAAAACCGAGCUGGGCGAGAACCCGUGGGAUCUAGGUCUCUAUCGAAACUGGAAAUCCGUUAUGGGCAACGGCAUCGUCGACUGGCUACUACCUCUCAAGGACUCACCUUGCGCGACGUACGAGAACAACGAGAGCUUUUACGAAAUGGGUCCCAUAUAUCUGCGAGUGCGGGAAAGGUUCGGGCUUCCGCCACUGACCGACGACGAGAAGGGGUUCACCACAUCGAAGAAGGAGUCGUCAGGAUCACAGCCCAAGGAGAGGAAACAAAAGAAGCAGGAGCAGGGACUACAGGACCAGGCGCAUGGGUCGGCGAACUUGUGAUCAAAUUCAAAUUAUCAAUCUAGAUACCCCCUUUCAUUUGUCUAUGUUGUUUGUUUUACCAUACUAUUUUGGUUUCUGUACUUUUGCUGACGCUCGGCGAAAGGGCUCGGCGGUUAUGUUUCUUUUACUCUUGAUUAGAUACUUUUUUAAUGUUGGAUUACGGUUGGCACUUCGGUAUGCUG